AUGUCCCAGCUCAUAGCUCCCAGCUCUCCCAGCUCCCAGCUGUCAGCUCCUAGCUCCCAGCUUCCCCAGCUCCCAGCUCCUAGCUCCCAGCUCUCCCAGCUCCUAGCUCCCACCUUCCCAGCUCCCAGCUCCCAGCUCCUAGCUCCCAGCCUCCCCAGCUCGCCCAGCUCCCCCAGCUCCCAGCUCCUAGCUCCCAGCUCCCCCACUCCCCCAAGUCCCAGCUCUCAGCUCCUAGCUCCCAGCUUCCCCAGCUCGCAGCUCCUAGCUCCUAGCUCCCAGCUCCCCCAGCUCCUAGCUCCCAGGUCCCAGGUCCCAGGUCCCAGGUCCCAGGUCCCAGCUCCGAGCUCCCAGCUCCCCCAGCUCCUAGCUCCAAGCUCCCCCAGCUCCCAAGUCCCAGCUCCUAUCUCCCAGCUCCCCCAGGUCCCAGCUCCCAUCAACGCAGCUCCCAGCUCCCCGCCCCCCCAAUACCCAGCUCCUAGCUCCCAGCUCCCCCAGUGCCCAGCUCCCAGCUAUCAGAUCCUAGUUCCUAGCUCCGAGCUUUUAGCUCCCAGCUCCCAUUUCCUAGCUCCCAGCUCCCAGCUCCUAGCUCCCAGCUCCCCCAGCUCCCAGCUCCUAGCUCCCAGCUCCCCCAGCUCCUACUCCCCAGGUCCCAGCUCCCAGCUCCCCCAGCUCCUAGCUCCCCCAGCUCCCAGGUCCCAGCUCCUAGCUCCCAGCUCCCCCAGGUCCCAGCUCCCAUCACCGCAGCUCCCAGCUCCCCGCCCCCCAGCUCCCAGCUCCCAGCUCCCAGCUCCUAGCUCCCUGCUCCCCCAGUGCACAGCUCCCAGCUAUCAGAUCCUAGUUCCUAGCUCCGAGCUUUUAGCUCCCAGCUCCCAGUUCCAAGCUCCAAGCUCCCAGCUCCUAGCUCCCAGCUCCCCCAGGUCCCCCAGGUCCCAGCUCCUAGCUCCCCCAGGUCCCAGCUCCCAUCACCGCAGCUCCCAGCUCCCCGCCCCCCAGCUCCCAGCUCCUAGCUCCCUGCUCCCCCAGUGCACAGCUCCCAGCUAUCAGAUCCUAGUUCCUAGCUCCGAGCUUUUAGCUCCCAGCUCCCAGUUCCAAGCUCCAAGCUCCCAGCUCCUAGCUCCCAGCUCCCCCAGGACCCAGCACCCAUCUCCCAGCUCCCAGCUCCGCGCCCCCUCCCCCAGCACCCAGCUCCCAGCUCCUAGCUCCCAGCUCCCCCAGGUCCCAGGUCCCAGCUACCAGAUCCUAGCUCCUAGCUCCCAGCUCCCAGCUCCUAGCUCCCAGCUCCCCCAGGCUCCUAGCUCCCAGCUCCUAGUUCCUAGCUCCCAGCUCCCCCAGGCCCCAGCUCCCAUCUCCCAGCUCCCCGCCCCCCCAGCACCCAGCUCCCAGCUCCUAGCUCCUAGCUCCCAGCUCCCCCAGCUCCCAGCUCCUAGCUCCCAGCUCCCCAGGUCCCCCAGCUCCCAGCUCCUAGCUCCCAGCUCCCAGCCCCCCCAGCUCCCAGCUCCCAGCUCCCAGCUCCUAGCUCCUAGCUCCCAGCUCCCCCAGGUCCCAGCUCCUAGCGCCCAGCUCCCCCAGGUCCCAGCUCCCAGCUCCUAG